AUAACACAACGCUGAAAUGACUGGUUUCAUCCUCUACGAGAUUUUAAAAACUCCUGCAAAAUACCCCCUGCACAACUCUGCACAAACACCAGACAGAGUAUAUAGUGGCGGUGACCACCCAAAACAGUGCCAUUUUUAGACGUUUACUGCUGACGUUUACAGCGGCUUCAAAUAGCUUCCGUUUCACUCUGGUAGUGAUUGGACUGUUCUGUACUUACCCAGGGAGAGCGAACACAUAGUGGUUGAACAAGUCCGACAAUCCACACUUCAAUGGAGGAACAGCCCAAAGAUCGGGCACAAGACAGGCAAUAUCACCACCACGGAGAGGACAGAAACUCUAUUCAACGUACAACCUGUCUAAACAAUGAUCAGAGCCACUUCCAGCGCCAGCAUCAGGAAACGCAGACGAAGAAAACAGGCAAUAAAAAAGUAAACAUCAGUGAAGAGGAGGGGGAGAAGAAUACACAUCUGUCUGAUACUGUUGGCAUGUCGCAUCCCCCCAACAGCAAUAGUAACAGACACAUAAGUAAUACAAAUGUGAAGCAGAAGUCGACGCAAAAGCUGUACACGACUGUUCCAAAAGUGAGCAGCAAAGGAUUGGACCAUAAGAAGAAUAUGGACCUUAAAAAUGACAAGGAAAAGGCCUUGGAUUUGAAUAAUCAUGAAGGCCAGCCUUUGGAUAAGAAAGACUCUGUGUUGCUUCAAAAUGGCGUUGAUUUUGGAAACUGUGGCUUAAUUACAAAUGGCUAUUCUAGCAAGGACAAUGAUGGCAGUGGCUCCGAAGGUGGAUAUACUACUCCGAAGAAACGCAAGGCCAGAUGUAACAACGUCAAGAACACUGAUAAUGUGAUAAGAGAAAAGGAGACAGACAUGCAGCAGGGCAACACUACACAGGAGCCUGGGGCUUUUAAUCUUGAGACAACUGAGAAGGGAGUGACUUCCAGACUUGAUGGCUUUAGAGCCGCCCAUAAAGUCGAAGCUCAGUCAGCAGCUAGACGGGCUGUUGCCUCAGAUGCUUCAGUGGGUGAAUCUCAGAGGAAAAACUCUGAUGGAAAAACAGUUGGCACCUUUGGUAAAAAGACUGAGGAAAGGCACAAAGCCAAGCUUUCCUCACCUUCAAAAGAGGACUCAUGGACUUUGUUCAAGCCCCCUCCAGUAUUUCCUGUGGACAAUAGCAGUGCUAAAAUUGUUCCCAAGAUCAGUUAUGCAAGUAAAGUAAAAGAGAACCUCAACAAAGUAGCUCAAGGUGGAGGUGAGGCACUGCCUCCACCAGUGAGACUGUCACAGGUCCCUAUGUCUGCUAUGAAAACUAUCACCUCAGCUAGCUUUACUAAUGGUCCUGUUUCUGGAAAUGGAAACGGCUGCCCAUCAGUGGGUACUUUCUUUGCUCCUGCUGCUAGUAGUAUUCCACCAGCCCCACCUAUCCCAAGUGGCGAGAAUGUAGCAUCACCUUUGGAAAGUAACUGUAGCUCUACAACCAGUCCUGUAGAUGGAGAAGCAUAUGAGCUUAGAAAGUGUACUCUUUUAAUUUACCCUUUAAAUAUGCAACCUGUGCUCCCUAGUGCUCGUCACCUUGACCCACCGGCUGCUCAGACAAAUCAGAAAGCCUUGGUAGACAUCUUCCAGAAUCCGUGGGGGCUUUCCUUCAUCAAUGAGCCCAAUUUGCGGCCAGAGGGAGGAAGUGGCCAGGUGCCCGCAGAGGACAAAACUACUGUGGUCACACCUCAAAGCGAUAGUCAGGCUGUCGCAGCCAAGGCUGCCCAGCCCUGCUUUGAAGCUAGCCCGUCUUUCUUACAGCCAGGCACGUUGGCUCAAGACCCCGAGAAAAGGACUUGCGUCCCUUGCGAUGCGUCUAAUGCUUGUUCUCCUGCUUGUGUGAUGAGUGAGGAGGAGGACAAGCUGCAGCCAUGUGGCCAGGAAAAGACAAAAGCUGAGGCUAAGAGUGCAGGUUCUGCUGUGUCUGCCCCCAGUAAAGACAACGGUGCUAAGCCUGCACAGGGCCAGAUAACCACAGUGUUGUUUGGCUCAUCUAAAGAACAGGCCCACUCUAAAGACAUUGGCAGAAGGUGUAGCUCGGGGUCCUUUGAUGUUAAAGCUGCUGUCACUUAUCACACUAAAGAAAUGGAAUUCAUUUACAACUUGCAAAAACAAGAUCCAAAAAGAGUAGUGGUUUAUGAUGUGACCAAGGAUGGACCUGAUCAGUGAGGUAGAUGGUCUACAGUACUUACCUACUUCUCUUCUGGGUGCUGCGGUUAUCUGCCUUGGAAAUCAUAAAUCCUGUCGGAUAGAUAAAGUGACAACUGUGAAAACAUUGAUAGUUUAGCAUGACAGAUUUUCCUUGGAAUCUCGGGUGGAAUAACAGACUUCGUUGGGGGCAUCAGACAAAAAAAAAAAAAAACACACUUACACAUACACACACACACACUCUGGAGGGAUGUUAAAGGAGUGGAUUGGUGCCUCUUCAAUGUGAUGAAUGGACACUUGCAACUUUUGGGCUGUGACAGUCAUUUCACGGCUCCGUAGGGAUGAUGUUCGGGAGUUCAACAAAAAGAAGGUGUCAUAAACUGCACCUGCUAAGCCUUUAUCCUGUUGAACUGUGGCAGCCGUCGGUCUAACUAUGGGAUGCCUCAGUCAUUUUCUUUCUUCACGCAUUCAAAUGAGUUCAUUGUAGAUAUGUUAGACGUUAUACAUACACAUCUGUGUGCAAGCUUGAAUUCAUCGUGAACGAAAGGAGAACACACUUUUGAAAAGAAUGCCUUGAAGUCGUGGAAUAAAGAUCUUCGGAGUCCUGUUAAACUGUAAGUUAAGUGGAAGCUCGUAGGUAAGGCCCCCCCCCCCCCCCCCCUUAUCCAGGAAGGGAGAACCUUGUCUUAAAUCCAUAGGGGCAAAAUCAAGAGCCCAGAAAUUAAAUGCUUGUUGGGUUUUUUUUCUUUUUUUUUCUUUUUAUACUGUUUUCGUCUGACCUAACGCGAGUGUUAUCUGCACUGCAGUACGACCCCAGAGCACAGGUACAGAAGUGCCCAAUUUGAAGGAAAGCCACGCCCCUUCAUUACAUAGUUUAUUACAGGUGUGUGAAAGAUAUUAAAACCAGGUCUCCGUUAAAUCUCAAAAAGCUUUUCAUACAUUUCAUGUAGAUUGUUAUGAGGUCAGCACAGACUGUUCUUCAAUUCAGAUUCAUUUACCUGCUAAAAUAUGAAUCCUAUGUUUAGGAGUAAACUGAGUGACUAACUGUAAAGCAAGACAUGGCUUCCAAUAAGGUCUUUGUGCUCUUUGUUCAAGCAGCAAGGCUCAAGAUGUCCGUACAGAUUAUUUUGCCUGCAUUUCUGUUGAAAGGAAAAAAAAAAAAAAGGUUCAAUUCCUCUUGUCAAAGGAACGUGUGUUGCAUUUUUACAACUUUGUUUUUGUUUUGUUUUGUUUUCUGACUCAGCAUUUUUACUUUUCUGUCAUAUGGCAUUUUAUUUCUUGCAUGUUUACUGGUGGAAAAUGAAUGAGUCAGACGUCACUGUUCAUCGCCACACAAAGAUAACAAACACAACAAUCGCAAUACUAAUCUAGGGUCCCCGACUAGCCACUUUGUCAAACUGUGUUGAAAUGUGAAGAUGAGUUGUACUAUUAUGUUUGUGUUGUGGGUAACAUUUUGCAAAUCAGUGUGCAAUAACACCGUGUGAUCCAUACAGUGUGUGAAAUGGGUUAUAUGGAGCUACAGAAAUCAUCACCCAAGAUGCUGGUGCGGCCUGCAGUUCAUUAUGUUCGUUCACAAAAAAAAAAAAAAUGUUAAAGGUGUGUUUUUAUUUCCAUUUGUUGCACAAACCCCUUUUUGCAAACUUUCACGUGGUUGGUGCAAAACAAGCUCACGGUGAAAGAUCUAAUUAAGUCUAGGGAGCCCAAAUUUAGCUAACUGCUAACUGGCCAGCUGUGACAUCACUUUCUUUACCAUCUCCAAAUCAGGAUUGGUUUAUUCAACAUAACGAAGGAAACUCCAGGUUUCUUUUCUCUAGAAGAUAUGAUUUGGUUAAUGUGUGGAUUAAUAGCACUUUAUGUAAACUAAUUGCUUUUAUCUUUUAAUUACUAGAGAGAUCUAUAUGUACUGACAAGAAAUACUCCUUGAAAGAAUGGCUCUGGGCUGUUACUUUUCAGAAAAAAAAAAUAAGUUGAUAAAUACAGAAUUAUUAAAUGUAACUCAGGUAGUGUUGAUAAAGCCAUGACUAUGUUAAAUAUUGUUUUUUGCCAAACGGCCCCUGUCAUGUUCUCAAAUUGGAAUUGAAGUCUUAUUAUAGAGUCUCAUAUGUUUGUGACUAAACACCAAAUAAUUAGUUUUGAGGAAACUGUUGUGGCAUGCAAGGUGCUGUCAUUGAUCAUUUUGGGCUCUAAACAUAUGACGUUUCCUGUUUAUUAUCACCCUCUUUUUAAAAAAAAAAACAAACAAAAAAAAAGCACAUUGCUCCAUGCGCUGUUUUCUCUGUAAGCUAGACUGUAACCUUCUUGCAAUCUGUAAAUGGUUCAUUUUCUCCCUCAUGUGUUCAUAGUGAAGCACCUCUUGAUUUAUAAUUUCUGAACGUCAGGUGGGGUAGCUACAAUCCGGGCAUGAGCUUUUCAAGUACACUUCUUUCCACUGUGUCCUGAUUAGGCAGCGCUGCAGCGUGCACUCGUACGCAGAGAGGGAACGUCGUAACUGCAGCCGUGUUUUUUUUUUUUUCUUUUGUUCUUUUUUUUUUUUUUUAAUUUUGUUUGUGUGUGUGUGUGUUUGUGUAUACAAGUUGUCUUGACAUUUUAACUUUCUGUGUCUAAUCUCAGCUGUCUGGUAUUUUUAAAAUGCUUUGUUUUGGCUUCCAUUGUGCAUCAUGUGACUGAUGAGUGAAUCAUCAGAUGCUGCCGUCUGAAUGAGAACAGUUGUGCCGUAUCUGGUCGAUGAGGAAGCAAGCUCGUUUGAGGGGAUGUUAGACUGACGGUGUGGGUGUGUGUAUGUGUGUGUGUGUGUGUGUGUGUGUGUGUGUGUCUGAGCUUGUGGAAAUUGACAUUUAAUCCGGCAUAAAGUUUCACAAAACUCUCAAUUUAAUUUCCUCCAAUUGCCCAUAAUCCAUAGACAAAGUGACAUAAUCAGGUUCCCAUAUGGUGAAUGCCAAAUCAAGGCUGAAAGUGUUAUCAGCGGGCAGUGAUGCAUCUUUAGGCUUCUAAAUGUAAAACAGGGUGAUCAAAACGAGUAGUAAGAGAUGUUACUGUAGUCUUACGAUGAAUACCUUUUUGUCUUUGUUUUUUUUUUUUAUUAUUUUGUCUUGUAUUAUUAAGAGGAUGGUCCUGGUACAGGGAAAUGAGAUCUAUCCUCCUACCCCGAGGCUCCUCUUUCAAGCACUUAAUACAGCAAAAGGCUAUGUUGAAUAUGCAUUUAUAAAGAGUAAAACUAUUAGCAUUGUAGCCUGCAAACCAAAAACAGGUUCUUGAAGCUGAGUAUAUGGUAAAUCAGUGAUUGGGGAGGGGGAGGGGGGUAAGGAGGGAGGGAGGGGGGGGGUUUGAGUGACUGACUCUCGGUGUGCUUCGCGUUGAGAAAGAAAAAAGCCUGAUCAUGUGGAGUUUAUGUCUCCACCCCUCAGGAUGUGCAAUCACCUCAAGGAUGCUGAUGCAGGCUUCCAGGCUGCGAGUGACGAGUUCGGCCUCGUCGUUUUGUGGGUGUGUGUGUGCGUGUGUGUGUGUGUGUGUGUGUGUGUAGCGAGUUCUUCCUAUUAUAUGCAAGUUCCUUGUAUAUUUCAACCCCCUCCCCCUGUUGUUUCAUGUUCAGGUGCCUGUGUGAGAAAAAAAAAACAAACUUUUACAGCAAUUUUGAUUGUUUAAAAUCUGCUUCCAGCAUAUAUCCGUGCCAUUUUUGUUCUUUUUUUUUUUUUCUUUUUUUCUUUUUUUUGUAACAUUUGCAAUGCUGUUUAAGUUUUCUUACAGCUAAUCCUAAUUUCUUCUGUUUAAGUGACAUGGACGCAGCUGAAAGCGACGAGCAUUUUAUGUUUUGUUUUGUUUUGGUUGUUUUUUUGUUUUUUUUUAGUAGGUUUUGAAAUUUUCAUUGGCUUGUGUAAAGAAUUGUGUGACCUAAAGCCAAAAUCAGUUUGAAUGGGACGGAUGACAACUGCUUGCUGGUUUAUACUGAUGGCAGUCCAUUGUCAAGUUAAUGUCUGAAGUAGCACAUAAUUAAUUUGAACUGAUUUAACAAAUUAAUAUUUUAACAUAUGUUUUAAAAAAAAAAAAAAGUUUUUAUUUUUGUUUAUGUUUUGAAUUAUAACCUAAUUUAUCCAUAGAUGCACAAGUAGGAUGAGACUAAAAGGAAUAAAUGAUACAGAGAAUCACGAUGUCUCCACUUUUUGAGUUAUAGAUGAUUUAGUUAUUGAUUAAGGCUGAUGUAGACCUAUCCCCCCCCCCCCCCCCCCCCCCCCCCCCCCCAUGUUAAUAUAUUUGAAGUUGCUCUUUUCCAGCAGAUUUUAUACAAAUUACUUUAACGUGUUUCUUCAAAUAGUUGUGAUGGAGUAAUGAGCAUUGAAAUACACUGCAUCCAGAGUUCCUCUUAAUAUAUUUUUUAUUUGUAGUGUUGUUGAUCAUGUUGUGAGGGGGAGGGAGGUAUUAACGUGCAGUUCAACAACUCUGAAUCUGCUUUCGCCAAAGGUACACUACUCAGAUAUUCAGCUACUGAAUGCAGACGCAAGGGGGGCAGGGGGAUGUUGUUGUUGAUGAUGAUGAUGAUGAUGAUGAUGAUGAUGAUGUCAUAACCAGCUUCCUGACAUCGCGCUGGGUUUGGAGGAGUUUCUAGUGAAGAGAAGUCACUACUGUAGCAGCUGAAUGUCACGUUGAGCGUGUUAUACGAUGUGUGUGUGUGAGAGAGGAGAAAUCUAAAAGAUAAAACACCGAAAGUGCUGCUUCUUCAUCCAGUAAUCAAUAGUCUGUAAUGGGAAAUGCUGGACUUGGUGUUUGUGGUCGACUUUAAAAAAAAAAAAAAAAAACUGUCCCUCCUUUUAAACUGUCAUUGCCUCUUGUGGAAAUGUUUUAAUUUAGGGGGCUAUUUUUGUUUUUUUGUUUUUUUUUUUGUUUUAUCAAUGACACCUGAGAGGUACAGUGUUUCUGAUCCCACGCAAGGAGUCAAGUAAACGGGCAACAUGUGUCUUUGCAGGAUUCUGUACCAACGGUCAUGAAAAGAGGUGAUGUGUUGUGCCGAGUCAUCUUUGUUUUGUUUCUCUGUGUCAUCUCAAAUGGCUGUUGUGCUUGUUGAUGCUUUUUUUUUUUUUUUUCUUCGUCUGCUCCUCCUUCUAUCACUUUUACACCUCUUGCCCCCCCUAAAAUAUGAGGCAAUAGUGUUUCUUUCUCAAAUGUCUUACAGGUUGACAUUUAAGUUUUUAAGUGAGCAGUCUGGUUAUUUAAUUUUUUGUUUUGAAUUUAACAAGUGUCACAUUACAAUGUUCUUUUUUUUUCAAAGCAUGAUAAUAACCCUCAAAUUCCAAACAAUGUAAUAGAUUCAAUAAAAAAAAAAAAAACCUCCAGUGUUCACAAUUUUAGUUUCCAUUAAAAUGUCAAAUUUU